GAGCGCUUCCGCUGCCCCGAGGCUCUCUUCCAGCCCAGCUUCUUGGGUCUGGAGAGUGUUGGCAUUCACGAGACCUGCUACAACUCCAUCAUGAAGUGCGAUCUCGACAUCAGGAAGGACCUGUACUCCAACAUUGUCCUCUCGGGUGGCUCAACCAUGUACCCCGGCAUUGCUGACAGAAUGAACAAGGAGCUCACCUCGCUUGCCCCGUCAUCAAUGAAGAUCAAAAUCAUUGCACCUCCUGAGCGCAAAUACUCAGUUUGGAUCGGUGGCUCAAUCCUGGGAUCCCUGUCCACCUUCCAGCAGAUGUGGAUCACCAAGCAGGAAUACGACGAAUCCGGCCCACAAAUCGUUCAUCGCAAAUGUUUCUAA